UGGGGAGUGCGGCUGCCCUCCCACAUCUGACCCAGAGGUUGUGUAAUAGCCUGCUCAUCAGACAAAUGGCUUUAAGCUGGAACCACAAAGAGAUACACAUGGCAGCUGCCAGAGCAGACUGAAGUAAUUUACUGGGCUUUUGUUGUGUCUGUUGUUUGAGGCUCACCAAAAACGAUGCAGAGUUUCAGAAAUCUUUCUGCUGGUUAGAAUGAAGCUGUGAUGGGUUUGAUGGAGCUGACUUGUGUUCAGAUACCAAACAGACAUUUGUGCUUUUUAACAACACAAUUUCUGCCACAACAUGGCUGGGAGUCAGAAUAACUCCUGGGGACAACAUGACCUGAACAGAGAGUGCUUUGGCCAGAGUGCUGACAUGGAACAAAACCUGAUGGAGCUUCAACAACAGCAAGGAAUGGCCAAGGAAUUUAACUGCAACAUCUCCCAGUCUCUUUUCUACUCUGAUACUUACCGACAAGCGUCUGACAGCAUACUGCGACCCCAUGAGGGAGACCAGGUGGUCCCUUCUUCCCAGAGAUGGACAGUGUUUGGGGGCCACCAGAGAGAAGCCAAACCCCUGCCGCCUUUGCCUGACCCUGAGGAGCUCAUGUCUGAUGAGGCAGCCGAUAGUGAGGUGGAGUUUUUUACUAGCGACAGACGCCGCCUUUUGCCCAAAAGCUGUCCUAAGGCCAUGUGCAGGGGCAUGAACAGAGACUUUGGCCAAGUGAAUUACGCCUACCAGGAGAGCUCAUUGCAGGCUGGUGGUGCUGGGACUGGCUCCAUGGCUUUCUCUUGGCCAGGCAGAGAGGACAGGCCAUCAGGGAGAGGAAAUGGGUUUUGGGCACUAGCUCUCCAGAGAGAAGAGCACCAGCAUGUGGUGUCAGCUGUCGGGGAUACUGUGUGUAGCAAACAGCCAGACCAACACCAAUCAUUCAGACUCCAGUUUCCCUGUUCAGGCCCUGCUUCCCAGCCUCUCCACAGCAGCAGCACAACCUGCCCCACUGACAAGCCCCUAAUCCCUCCUCGUGUCCCCAUCCUGCAAAAAUGUCCCGCUCUCUUAAGGACUGUGAGCGCCAGCCAGGAAGACAAGCCUCCCAAAAUUCCUCCAAGGAUCCCUUUAGUCCCACCCUGCCCACCACGUACCCCGAGCCCCAAAAGCCUUCCAAUUUAUAUCAAUGGUGUGAUGCCUGCCACACAGAGUUUUGCUGCUAACCCAAAAUAUGUGAGUAAGGCAUUACAGAGACAGCAGUGUGAAAGGGUGCCACCUGCAGCUCAGUUUUCUCCCUGCAUUGUUCCAAUUUUGAAGGACGGCAGACAGGCCAGCGCCACGCACUACAUCCUCCUGCCGCCGGGCCGACCGACGUACUCAGACAGACGAGAAAGACUCCUGAGUGAACCGACCAGGACGGGAAACAGCAGCGGCUGGCAGAACAGAUAGAAACCCUUGCUUAUGUGCCUGUCUGAAACUUGAUGAGUACAAAACUGUGACUGACAUCAUUAAUAACAAUAUGAUACACUAUUGAACAGAGUGUGUAAAAACAUUUACAUGCUACACUCACACGUCUUAUGUCAUAUUGGUGUUAUUUUCAAUGACUGAUGCAUUUCAAGACCACUUAUGUCACACAACACUGUGAGGUUACUGUCUCCUUUUUAACUGAACAUUUUACCGCUCAGUAUUUUAGCAUCAUAACGUUCCAGUAUUUUCACUUAUAGUGGAGAAAUAUUUAUAUAACUAUUUUCAGUUUUGGUUUACUCAGAUACUGCAGUUUUCUCACAGAUAUAAUGUCUUAUCACUCAUUAAUUCUGACAGCCAUGUGCUCAUAGCCUAGAAAUCUAGACAUACCCUAGCGGCAGAAACUUUAUUUUGCAGCCAGGGGGCAACAUCUUGAUGUGGGUCUGGCUUGUCAGGCUAAUGUGCUCAUAUUACUAAUACUAUAUUUCUUAUGACAGAGCAAAUAAUUACUGUAUGUACAAGCUGGGCUUGUACCAAACUGUUCAUCCCAUGUGUUCUAUGACAAUGCUGCUUGAAAUCUUAAGUAUGAUGUAUUGAUAGAUUUAAUGUUUUGCUGAAUCAUUCCCCCAAUAAGAGUUAUGGUAAAUUUAA